AUGUGCUGUUUACUGUUGGAGGAGACAAUACAGGAAACACAUGAAGAGCAUGAUACUUCUACUGAAAAUGCAGAUGACUCUAACCAUGAUCCUCAGUUUGAGCCCAUAGUAUCUCUUCCUGAGCAAGAAAUAAAAACACUGGAAGAGGAUGAGGAAGAACUCUUUAAGAUGCGAGCAAAGCUGUUCCGGUUUGCCUCUGAGAACGACCUUCCCGAGUGGAAAGAGCGAGGGACUGGCGAUGUGAAACUGCUCAAACACAAGGAAAAGGGAACAAUUCGCCUGCUCAUGAGGAGGGAUAAAACCCUAAAAAUCUGUGCAAACCAUUAUAUCACACCCUUAAUGGAGCUGAAGCCUAUUGCUGGGAGCGACAGGGCGUGGGUCUGGAACACACACGCUGACUUUGCAGAUGAGAGCCCCAAGGCUGAACUUCUGGCAAUCCGGUUUUUAAAUGCAGAGAAUGCACAGAAAUUCAAGGCAAAAUUUGAAGAAUGCAAGAGUGAAGUAGAAAAGAAAGCAAAGAAAGCAGGCACAGACAAAAAUGAUAGUGCUGAUAAAGUUGCUGAAAAACUAGAAGAGCUUUCAGUAAAGGAAGAGAGCAAAGAAUCUGAGAAGAAAGACAUCAAGGAAAAAUCUGAAGAACAGCAAUAAAUCAUCGAAGGCCUUGCAGAGUUUUUCUUUACUUUUUAUUUCUCUUUUUUUUUCCUUUUUUAUUUUUUUACAAGGGACUUUAUAAGAAACUGAAUUCACCGUUCAGGUUGUUUUUUCUAAUCUCUCGCCCUUUUGAAGAUGUCUUCAGAAAAUCCAUUCCCCAGUCAUGAAAAUGUACUGUGCUAACUCUCUUCCAUAGUGGAAACACUUAUUUAUAGUCAUCCAAGAGUCAAUAAAGCAAACUUGAAAACAGCAUCAGAGGACAGGACUGAGUUUUCUAUAUACUUUAAAGGCUUAUGAAUACACUUGUUUCAUUGGGUGUUGAGAUGCAUAUCAUCAUACCUGCGGUUUAUCUAGGUUAACAGAC